ACCUUUAACCAUCCUUGAUUUCAUCCUGUCCUGUGUCACCCGUGUCAAAAUGUCCAUUAAUAUUUCAGAGGGUGGCUGAUGUGAUGAUGUGCAAGCAGCCGUAAAACGCCUAUAAAGAGGGACUCCCUGUAGAAGACCUCCAUACACUCCAGACCUCCAGGCUCCCUGUAGAAGACCUCCACACACUCUAGACCUCCAGGCUCCCUGUAGAAGACCUCCACACAAGUCCACGGAGCCUCCCGGACUUCGAACUGUUCUCCACCCGCUAAAGCGACUGCUCCUGUUUGUGUGUCAGCACCAUGGUCAGCGCUCGGGCUCUCCUCCUCGCGGCCACCUGCUGCUGCGCCUACCUCUGGCUCGCUCGUGGAGAAGACUCUUCCCUAGAGACGCGCUCGUUGGAUUUCCCCCUGAAAUCCCAACAGGAGAAAGACCUGAUUGACGCGUUGCAAGAAGUUUUGGUGAAGCUGAGGAGCAAAGAGAUGCCCUUGGAGAAGAAACUUGGCUGGCUGCCUUCAUGUGACGCCGGGGAGCCGUGCGCCGUGCGUAAAGGAGCCCGUAUCGGGACGAUGUGCAGCUGUCCACGGGGAACUUCCUGCAACUUUUAUGUUCUCAAAUGUUUGUGAACAAAAAGAAUAACAAAGAUGCAAGAAAGGAAAAUAGAGAGUUCAGGAGUUUAUAGUUACAAAAUCUGAUGUCAUUCUCUUCGUGAAAAAAAUGUAAAACGGUGUUUUUCUUUUGUAAACGUAGACUGGAAAAUGUUAGAAUAUAGGUUUAGAAUAGAAUUGGAGGUCUUUGUGCAUCUGCAUUUAUUAUUAUUUGUUUUUCCCCUUGUUAUUUUUGUAAUGUUUUUCCUGUGGGGAGAUAUCAAAGCUUUCCUAGCACCGGUUUCUAAACACAUUUGUAAGAUAUGAAGGUCAAUAAAUUACCUAAAUCAUGUUCGAUUGUCUGUUGUGUGUCUGUUGUACUAUUAUAUAAUCUUUUUAAAGUCAC